UAACUUAUUAGAAACAGAAAAUAAAUAGAAAACAGAAAAAUAUAAAGUGAAUCCAAAUAAAAAUAUCAAAAUAUGUAUCGUCGUUUUGAAAAUUUACGAGAUGAUCAAUUAAAAUUGCGCGCAUUUGUUAAAGAUUUGAAUAUAGAAGAGCUUAUACAACUAGUAGAAAACAUUAUUUGUCAAUUGGAUGCUACGAAAAUAUUAGAUGAUCUUUUGCAAGCAUUUUGUGAUUCUGAUGAGAGUCAAUUAAAACAACGAAAACUUAUCGAAUAUAUACUGAAGAGUUUGGGAAAAACUAAUAUAUCUACAGGACAAGCAAAUACAAUAAUUAAUUGGAUAAUUGCUAAUUUUCCAAGAUAUUCGAAACAACAUCUUGUCAAACUGGUCGAUUUUUGUGUUAAAAAUAUUUGCAAUGAUGCUGAUGAGUUACAGAGUUGGAAAGAUAUAUUACCUGCUUUAUUUGAAGCAUUGGAAAAUGAGAAAUAUAUUGUUCAUGCAGAUAUUGAAGUGUCAGGAAUUGAAUAUAAAACAUUAAUUGUUAAAGAUAUAUGUAAUUAUAAUUGGAAUGUCAAUCUUUUACCAUCUUUAGCAAAAAUGUUUGGAGAUAUGGCAUUAGAUAAGAUAAAUCGUAAUGAAGUUUUGAAAACAUUAUGUUCUGCUCUUCCAAAUCUUCCUUUGGAUCAAGUACCUUCUUUCACAUAUCAAACAUUAAAAUUAUGCACAAAUCGAGAUAAUCAAAAACUUUUGAGUGCCUUAUCUAAGUAUUUUAAUUUAUGUUAUUCUAAAACCAAUUUAGUUAACAAUGUAGAUAAUUUUGAAAGUAUAGAUAUAAUUAAUUUAAGAGAGAUACAAGACAUUGAAAGCACUGUUUUGUAUCAUAUAUAUCAAGCUACACAGUUAAAUCAUGAAAAUAUGAAAGAUUUUAUUCGUUUCCUUAAACAUGUAUCUUAUGCUCCAGAAUAUAUAUUACAAUCAUUUAUACUUUGUGUUUUAAUGUCAGUUUCUGAUAUAUAUGAAGAUCAGAUUUUUGAAAUAUUAAGAUUGGCUAUUGUCCACAAUACUUUUGAAAAAGAAAAGCGACAAAAUAGUGCAUGGUUAAGGCAACUUUUACCUUCUCCUUUCAAUAUAAUUGACAUUAUUCAACAAGUCAUUGAUAGCAGCAAUAAAGAACGUCAUUUAGUAUUAAAGGGACUUACUAAUUUAGCUUUUACACUAAUGAGUGCUGAUCAAAAAUCAAAAAAUACUGCAACAGCUAUGUGGUGUAUAGGAUCUGAAAUAAUACGAGAAAUAAUUAAAAAACGUCAUGAAACAAUUCCUAUUGUAUUACAAGAAUUAAUUAAUAAAAUAGUAGCAGGAAAUAUGCCAACAGUACAUUAUACAGAUUGUUUAAAAUAUAUGUGUCGUGAAUUGUCAAUGAUUGUUUUGGAGCAUCAAACUAUGAUUAUGAUCAUUCUUGAACGAUUGUUACUUUUGCAACCUAUAGUUGCUACUCAAGUUUUAUAUGCUAUUUUUCCAUUAAUACCUAUUUCGCCUAAUGUACGAGAAAAUCUUUUAUUGACUUUAAGAAAAGCUCUUUACAGAAAAGGCACAUCAAAACGACAAAUGGCAGUUACAGGAUUUAUUGAGAUGUUAAAGUACAAAAAAAUGCAUUCUCAAUAUAAUUUUAGAUUAAGUCAACUUAAUUCCUUCGAUUAUGCAAAUAGUUCUAAUUCUAGAUCAACAUUAACUCAAGUGACUUUGGAGUAUAAUUCACAACCAGAAAAAUCACUUACAGAAUAUGGUAAAACUUUAUGUUAUGAAAUAUUGGAUAUAUUAAAAAAAAGUUUUACUUACGAAUUUGAAGUUAGAUUACAUUUGUAUGAAGGCUUAUAUAAUACCGCAAUGAAAAAUCCUGAAAUAAUAGAAAUUAUAUUAGAUAUGCUUUUUUCGCAUUUGAAUCUCUACCUUCAUACAGAUGAUAAUAUUUUACCUCCUGUGAAAUUAGAAUUAUGUACAGAUAUUCAUGGUAUGGAUGUAAUUAUGCAAGAACCUAUUGCUCAAUUGAUAUUUGCAUUACAAAAAAUAUAUAUUAAUGCAAUUACAAAGAAUUCAAGUAUUUUUGAAAAAAUAUAUAAUAUUUUGGAAUCAUUAUGUAAAAAAAUGACAAUUAUAGAAUUAGAACAUUUAAAUUUGGAGCAUGGAACUGAUUUUUUUCAUGGAGAAUCAAAAUCACAGGUAAAACUAAAAAACCUUAGCAUGGCUAUUGAGAUUUGUGAAGCUUUAAUAGCAUUUAGAAUUGGUGAAUGGUCAAAAGGGAAUGAUAAAGUUCUGAAUAAUAUCAAUGAUUUAUUUAAAGCAUACACACGUUUGGUGGAUUUUAUUAAAAUGCAAUCUACAAAAAUGAAAAAAACUGAUAAUAGUAAAAAUAAGAAGGAUAAAGAUGUCAAUAAUACAACUAAAAAAUCCAUUAAAUCAAAUAAUAUAAAAAUUCCAAAUACUAUUAUGGAUUUAGAUGUGAUCCGUCAAAGUUUGUUACUUUUAUUUUCACAGUCAACUCAAAAUGAUGAUAUACUUCGAAAAAAUCAUAAUUUUUGUUAUUAUAUAUUACAAAUAUGUGAACAACUUUUACAACGUAUAAAACUGUCUAUAAAAGACAUUUCUCAAUCACAAAAUCAUCGAUAUCUAAAUACAUAUAUUGAUAUUGGAAGAUUGCUUUAUAAACAUUUCAUACAAAAUAUAAUUAAUGCUCUUACAAAUGAUGCACAAGUAACUAUAUUAGCUUUGCAAUGUUUCAAAGAAAUCUCUUAUUGUGUAUGUACAUUAUUAUCAUUCGAGUUACAGACAUUUCUCAAUUCAAUUUUUGAAAUACAAUCUAAGAAAGAUACAAUACCUAAAGAUAUUAAUUUUCAAUUACAAGAAAUUAUUUUUUCAUUAAAGGAAUAUUUGGAAAAGUUUCUUACAGAAGACAUGAAUGAUGAUGAUAAGAAGAAAGUAUCAUGUUUAUUAUUAGAAAUAAUAGAACAAUACACAUACAAAAUUAAUUUUGAAAAUUACAAUUCUGAUAAGAUGCUAAAAUGUAUAAAAAAAAUGAUUCAGAUCGAAAAUAUUCAAAGUUCUAUUGUUCCUGCAAUCUUGCAAUUUUUUUUACAUUUAGAAGAACAUACACAAGAGUAUGGAGAAACGUUAAAUGAAAUUUGUAUGGAAUUAUGUGAAAAAGUUGGAACUAUUGAUGGUACUGAAUUAAUAAUGAAUAGAAUAUAUAAAAUUAUACGCGAAGAUACUAUAUUACAAAUUUAUAUUGUAUUAAAUAGUCACAUUAAACAAAAGUUGGAUAAUGCUUCAUGGUUGUUGAUGCGAUUAAAAGCAGAAGACAUCAUAAUUCGAGCACCUGGAACAAUUGAUGAAGUAUUGAAUAAUAAUUUAAAAGAAAAGGAACGAAAUUUAUGUAAACAACUAUCCUAUCUUGCUCAAGUACUCCAAACAUUAGCUAAUAUAUCAAUUGAAUCAAGUCCAUGUAUUGACAAUACUUUUAAAAAUUUGCAAUAUUUAUAUCAUUUACUUGGAAACUUUACAAAAUAUUUUUACACAAAAUCAAAUAUUCAAAACGCAGCAUUCCAAGCAGUUAAAUUCAUUCAACUGGUACAAUUAGCUGGUAAACCAUUAAAAUCUACUUUUUAUAAUUUAGUAACAUAUGUAGAGGAAAAUCAAAAUAAAUUACAGUCAAAAUUUGAUUCUUAUGCACAAAGAAAUAAAAUUUUAAAAGAAACUAAAAUAAUACCUCGUGUAGUAUAUGAAAUUGAACAAUUUAAUAAAGAAAUAUUAUUACUUGGCAAAAGAACGGGUAUACCAUUAGAAAAUUACAUGAAACACAGCAUAACUAGAGAUUUUAGAAUAAAAAAUCCAGAAUUGGUAGAAGGACUUGAGAAAAUGGAUAUAAGUAUGCUUGCUUCAUCAAGUCCAGAAAACUCUGAAAAUGAAAACCCUAUUUCAAAUACAGAUGAUUUGAGUGAUAACGACGAUAAUACAGUAUCUUCAAAAAAACGAUGUAGAACAGAAGAUUGAAAUAUUCAAUUAAUCUUAUUUAAAAUUUGGGUUAAAAGAUAUAAAAAAAAAAAAAAAAAAAAAAAAAAAAAAANAAAAAAGAAACAAAAAU